AUUAGCUCCUGCCGCUCAGAUAAGAGGUGGAAGCCGGCAUCGGGGCCAGAUAAGAAGCAGAGGACUCAGGGCGGCGGGAGCCUGGGAACGGCCAGGCGCUGGGCGCAGAGUGGUUGGCGGGACGAUGCGGGCCUGCUCCUCCCGGGCUCCUGCCCACACCCGCUAACACAAGGUGGCCAGCGCCGUCUCCCGCCCAGGGGACCCUGUGCUGUCUCAAGAUGUGCCUGGGGGCUUUGUGGGUGGCCCUGCCCGUGCUUUCCCUGCUGGCCUGCUCCGGGCAGGGGAAGCCUCUGGAGGCCCGGGCCCUGGGGUCAGCCAGGGGAGAUGCCCGACUGCCCGCAGCCCCGGGAGGUGAGCAGGCUGGAGGUGCCUUCGCCCUGAGGCUGUUCCUGGAGAAUAUGAAGAUGGACUUCCUGCGCAGCCUCAACCUGAGUGGCGUCCCGGCCCAGGACAGGACCGGCGCGGAGCCGCCGCAGUACAUGAUCGACCUGUACCACCGGUACACCGCUGACAAGUCGUCCACCCCCGCGUCCAACAUCGUGCGCAGCUUCAGCGUGGAAGAUGCCGUCUCUGUAUCCGCCACAGAAGACUUCCCCUUCCAGAAGCAUCUGUUGCUUUUCAACAUCUCCAUCCCCAGGCACGAGCAGAUCACCAGGGCAGAGCUCCGGCUCUACAGCUCCUGCCAAGGCCACGAGACGCCCGGUCCUGAGCGGAAGGGAAGCAUAACCAUUUAUGAUGUUGUGGGUGGAGCAGACAUAGGGGACACUUCUGCGGGAGCCAAGGCCUUCCUGCUGUCCCAGGACAUCCGGGGCGAGGGCUGGGCCACCUUCGAGAUCUCCAGGGCCGUAAAGCGGUGGGUCAGGGCUGACACCACCAAGAGCAAAAACAAACUGGAAGUGAUGGUGCAGAGUCACCGAAAAGGCUGCCACAAGCUGGAUAUCAGCGUCCCCCCCGGCUCCAGGAACCUGCCCUUCUUCGUGGUUUUCUCCAAUGACCGCAGCAAUGGGACCAAGGAGACCCGGCUGGAGCUCAGGGAGAUGAUCGGCCAUGAGCAGGAGAGUGUGCUCAAGAAGCUGUCCACCCAGGGCCCAGAGGCAGUUGGGAACCAGGGCGUGGGGGACGUGGAAAGCCAUGUGGCCACGGGGUCCUCCUUAGCCAGACGGAAGAGGAGCGCUGGGGCCAACAACCACUGUCAGAAGACCUCCCUGCGAGUGAACUUCAAGGACAUCGGCUGGGACAACUGGAUCAUCGCGCCCAAGGAAUACGACGCCUUCGAGUGUAGAGGAGGCUGCUUCUUCCCCCUGGCCGAUGACGUGACCCCGACAAAACACGCCAUCGUGCAGACCCUGGUGCAUCUCAAGUUCCCCAUGAAGGUGGGCAAGGCCUGCUGUGUGCCCACCAAACUGAGCCCCAUCUCUAUCCUCUACAAGGAUGACAUGGGGGUCCCCACCCUCAAGUACCACUACGAAGGGAUGAGCGUGGCAGAGUGUGGGUGCAGGUAGUGCCACCUGUGGGUGGGGGAGGCCAGGUUGGAGGGGCGUAAGGAGAGGUCCUGCGACAGGGACGAGGUCCGUCUGCAUGCCAGCCUGGAGAAGGAAAGGGAACUAUCACAUCCAUCGCUCUCCCUCUCAAGGCCACCAUUCUGCUAGGUGUAACGGCAGGAGGGCAAUGGCAGGGAGGUAAAGCCUGGAGAGAACAGGGCCACCCGGAAGGGUUGUUGGGGUGGAAAGGGAGAUGACAAAAAGGCAACAUGAAAAAAAUAAUCCAGAGUCAGCAGAACACUGAACAAAGUGAGCCUGAGGCAUCUAGACAGGUAGGUGAAGUGUAGAGAUUUAUAGAAAUUAAGGCGUGAGAGGGACUGGGGCUUAUUCCAAUAACCUUGAGGACUGUGAGGGAAAGAAAUGGACCAAGUGCUUACACCAGUCAUUUCAUCCCCAAACCCAGUGAGACAGUGUUAUGACUCCUAAUUUAUAUAUGUGGAACCCCGAACUCAGACAGGUCAAGUGGCACCCAUCAGAAAUCUGACUCCACCUCACAGGUUUCCAUAGGGCCACCUAUUGGCCAUGUCUAGGAUCUUCCCAAGUGCCCAUCACAGGGUAGCAGAUCACCUUGUAGCUAAAGAUGAGUUAGCUGCGAGGAGAUGGGGGGCGCGGGCACUGGACUGAGACUGGCCGGUAUUCGCCAGCGGGACUGGCUUGCCGGUUAUGUUCAGGGCAUGUUCUGGCUGCUCAGUGCCGUGCUGACGCAGUGGUCAGUGCUUUUUAACCUCACCCCAGAGUCACUGGAAAGGUGCCCGAAACCAACUGCAGGGGAGAGAGCGGGGCAGCGCACUCGGCCGCAGUGUAUACGGUGCCGCAGCCACGGGGCCGCUGGCACGGUGCUCAUAUGGCCAACAGUUCACACGGCCACUUGCUGCCCAUGCAUUCAGGCCUUGUGUGGUUUGGGAGGGAAGACACAGCUGCCCUGAUGGCCGGGACCUGUGGCCUGCAUCUUUGCAGUUCUUCCCUUGGCAUAACCAGCUCCCCAGCACAGGCUGUGCUGCCUCCUGGUGUCCAGAGCCACGAUCUAGGCCGUGGUGUGGGCAUGGGCCGAGCCAGCCCUCACUGACCCAGGAGGACAUGGCCUCUGUUCUCUGUAUUUCCUCCUCCUCUGACUCAAGGCUCACAUGGAAUGAGAGGGGGUGAGGAAGAGUCUGGGAGUGGUGAAGACCCCGCUCGAUGGCCCUUCUGACCACUGGCCAGGGCCCAUCCCAGCAGAGGCCUAGAGAGACCUGGACCAUGCCACUGGUGGAAGCUCCGGUGUGUUACAAAAAUAAAGGUUUGUGCUGAAUGUUUACAUGGAGCCAAGGAACAGCUUUAAAAUAAAAUUGCAAUGAAACACCAUUGAUUACUAGAGUUUUA